GUGAAAGAGGAGCUCCUCCAGCCGACGUGAACCUACAAGAUGUGGAAGAUUGUUUAAUUUACGACCGGCGUGGAAUGUCCCUCCCGUUCAAGAGUUUAUAUCAAGACAGGACGUCCAUACUAAUAUUUGUGCGGAAUUUCUUGUGCUACAGCUGUAAAGAAUACGUGGAUGAUUUGAGCAAAAUACCCAAAGAGGUGCUGGAGGAUGCUGAGGUGGAUCUUGUUGUGAUUGGUCAGUCUGCUCAUUAUCACAUAGAGCCUUUCUGCUCGCUGACGGGCUAUCCUCACGACAUCUACGUGGACCCUGAGAGGAUUAUUUACCAGAAGUUGGGGAUGAAAAAAGAAGAGAAAUUUGCAAAUUCAGCUCAACCGAGUCCUCACGUGAAGUCUGGUGUCUUCAUGGGCCAGAUGAAGAGCAUAUGGAGAGCCAUGAUGAGUCCUGCUUUCGACUUCCAGGGUGAUCUUCAUCAGCAAGGUGGAGCCAUCAUUGCAGGGCCAGGCUCUCAAGUGCAUUUCUCCCAUUUGGACAUGAACCGUCUGGACCACAUGCCCAUUAACUGGCUCCUGCGACUGGCUGGAGUUCAACAAACUGUACACUUUGGUGAGAAGGCAAAAGUCAUCCAUGUGUAGCCAGCUGACAUCCCUUGCACAUCUUAUUUAAGCUUAGUAAGCCAGCAUGUUGGAGAAAAGGCCUUGCAAGUCUUCAUCAUUGAUGAUAUUGACAAUUUCUGUUCUGCAUCCCAACUUGGCUUUGUGUUGUAGCAAUGCUUUAUAUCAGUGGUCCUCAAACCUUUUUCCACAAAGUACCACCUCAGAAAACACUUGGCUCUCCAAGUACCACCAUAAUGACCACCAAUGAAAUACAGUAGCUAAGUAGGCCUAAAUAUUAGGGGUGUAACGGUACACAAAAAUUUCGGUCCGGUACGUACCUCGGUUUAGAGGUCUCGGUUCGGUUCAUUUAAGAAAACAACAUAAUGUAAAUUUUUUUGGUUAUUUAUUUACCAAAUUUGCAAAAUCUCCCACCAAAAAUAUUUUUCUUAGUGGAAUAUUUGAUGUGAAGUAAUCGGAACCUUGGAUCGGUCAAUAAUUCAUAAUAACAUUGAUUUUGAUUCAAUAUUCAAUUUUGAGCAAUGACAGUUUGAAAGAAAAAAAAAAACAGCUUUGUUUUAUUAGUCAACAUUGCAACUUUUUCUAAAUUACAUUUAACCUUUAAGCUUUUUUAUUUCACUUUUAAUAUGUUUUUGUUUAUUUUAAUAGUAUUUUUAGAAUGUGCCGUGGGCCUUUAAAACAUUAGCUGCGAGCCGCAAAUGGCCUCUGGGGUACACUUUUGACACCCCUGCUAUAGAUAAUAAAACAUUAAAUGUGAUAAAUCUAUGGAUAAAAAGCAGAGCCUGGCGACGCAUGCGCGUUUAUCAUAACUCUCUCGCUCUCUCUGUCUCUGCCUCUCCCUCACCAAUGCUGCUGCGCGCCUUCACAAUUUGUUUUGUUUUUAACCCCUUCUUAACCCUGAACGUACAUUGAAAAUACACGCAACCCUAACUCAAAAUGCCGGACAUUUGAGGCAUUUAAGAAACCCCGCCCUGACAGCCCCGCAAAAGAGGACAUGUCUGGUGAAAAGAGGACGUAUGGUCAGUCUAUCGUAGCCCUGUCGUUCCUAGCAUGCCGUGUGUUGUGCCUCACUGUGCAUUGUUUACACAAAGUGCGUUAUGCUACUUAAUAUGUCCAUGUGGAAACUCGUUCGGUACACCUCCGAACCGAACCGAAACCCCUGUACCGAAACGGUUCAAUACAAAUACACGUACGGUUACACCCCUACUAAAUAUUCAUUAAAAACAAGGCAGAGGUUUUAUUCAACACAUAUAUUAAUAUGUAUAACUACUGUAACAUUACACAUAAUUUGAACAGUAACACUGUGUUUAAAAAUGUAAUAGAUUUUUUUGGCGUAGCACUAGUGGUAUGCGUACAUGCUCAGUGGCCUAGUGGUUAGAGUGUCCGCCCUGAGAUUGGCAGGUCGUGAGUUCAAACCCCGGCCGAGUCAUACCAAAGACUAUAAAAAUGAGACCCAUUACCUCCCUGCUUGGCACUCAGCAUCAAGGGUUGGGGCUGGGGUUGAAUCACUGAAAUGAUUCCCGGGCACGGCCACUGCUGCUGCUCACUGCUCCCCUCACCUCCCAGGGGGUGAGGGUGAUGGGUCAAAUGCAGAGGUUAAUCUCACCACACCAGGUGUUUGUGUGACAAUCAUUGGUACUUUAACUUUUAACUGUUACCCAGGGUCGGUUCUAAGCAGGCAUAUAGGAGGGGGCAGUCAGAAAUGGACGCUGGUCCAUUAUGUUCCAGCAUUUUUUUCUGUGCCUAUACAGUAGUAACAUUGCUGUCUUUUCAUUGAAUUUGGCUGUUAGCUAAAGUAUGUGUCCAACUUCAACCUGGAGAAGUAGAUUGCACUUCGUCAGGCCUCUACCUUCACGCCUGUUCAACUUGGGGGUCCCACACUGCAAAAAGUCAGUGUUCAAAAACAAGGAAAAAAAAUUAGGGGUAUUUUAUUUGAACUAAGCAAAAUUAUCUGCUAAUAGAACAAGAACAUUUGGCGUGUCAAGACUUUCCAAAACAAGUAAAAAUAGCUAACCUCAAUGAACCCAAAAAUAAGUACAUUCUCACUAAUAACAAGUGCACUUUUCUUGGUAGAAAAAAAAAAGACCUUUUUGAUCAAUAUGUUGAAAAAUAUUCUUAAAUUAAGUAAAUGCUAGUGCCAUUAUAUUGACAUAAUGAUAUGCGCCCGGCAUCAUGAUUUUUUUUUCAUGCUUGAAGUAAGAAAUUAUUACUUUAAAAAAGUAGUUUUAUACUUGUGAGUGUUAAUGACACAGCUGUGCAACAGUUGAUAUUCUAGUUUCAAGCAUGUUUUACUCAAUAUAGGCCAUACAAUCUCAGCAACAAGCUGUAAUAUCUUACUGAGAUCAUUUAGGACCAAAACCCUUAAAACAAGUAAAACACUCUAACAUAAAAUCUGCUUAGUGAGAAGAAUUAUCUUAUCAGACAGAAAAUAAACAAAUAUCACCCUUAUUUGAGAUAUUUAAUCUUACUUAGCUUUCAGUUUUUGCAGUGCACAUGAAGACUAAGCUCCUGUUGGCAGCUCUUAACCACAAUAAGGUAUCAAUUUAUCAGGGGGAACUAAAAAAUAAAAGUAAAAUAAAUAAAAUAAAGUUUCCUUCAUCCACAUUUUGUCAAACAUCACGGCAUUUAUCUUAACGAGGCCUAAUUGUUAAAUUAAAUUUAACCUGAUGUAAGACUUAACACACAAUAGUCAAUAUUUACAAAACUGACAAGUACAGUAGUCUUAUGAAUAAUACAAAAACAUUCUUCUCAAACUCGUUCAUCAUCAGGUCAGCUGCAUCAUGCCUCAAGGUUUUUGCAUUCUCCACUUAUUUACACAGAGAAACUUAAAAACUAUUGUUUACGUAAUGCCUCUGGCUAAGCAGGUGUGUAUGAGUGUUGUGAAAUGGAGUUACGAUGCAUGCCUUCAUCAUCAUUUAUUUAAGUGCAGUAGAAGCAGCAAAUACACGUAGCUAACUUUUUUUUUUUUCCUGAGGAAACUCUCCUGAAGGAAUCAAUAAAGUACUAUCUAUCUAUCUAUAUAUCUACAGUUGUGUAGGUGUCACAAUGACUCGCCUUGCGAGAUUGCAUCAUGAAGCAUCAAAAAUAAAAUGUGUCCUCUUCACUUUCUGUCAUAUUGCGAUGUGGAACAUGUUAAAUCCACACAUUUUUGUUUUGGCGACGCUGGUGAGAAAUUCACAUAUACUGUAUAUGCUUUUAAAGAACUGUGAUUGGAUAUAUUCCAAACUGGUCCCACCCAUCUACAAGACAGAAUUAAAUAUUAGAAAUGUCCGAUUAUGGCUUUUUUGCCAAUAUUACGAUAUUGUCCAACUCUUAAUUACCGAUUCCGAUAUCAACCGAUACCGAUAUAUACAGUCGUGGUAUUAACACAUUAUUAUGCCUAAUUUUGUUGUGACGCCCCGCUAGAUGCAUUAAACAAUGUAACAAGGUUUUCCAAAAUAAAUCAACUCAAGUUAUGGAAAAAAAUGCCAACAUGGCACUGCCAUAUUUAUUAUUGAAGUCACAAAGUGCAUUAUUUUUUUUAACAUAUUUUUCACAGUACACAAGUCAGCUAUUAUUCUUUUUACAUAUAAAUGUGUACAUUUAGAUGUUUUUGGUUUGUGGUUGUUAUUAACACCCUCAUUUUUAUCACAGAGAUAUUUGUUAAUAUAUUGUUGUACUGUAUUAAACAAGGGCAGCACGGUGUUACAGGGGUUAGUGCGUGUGCCUCACAAUACGAAGGUAUUGGGCUCGGUAUCUUUCUGUGUGGAGUUUGUACCUGGGGAUAGGUUGAUUGGCAACACUAAAUUGGCCCUAGAGUGUGAAUGUGAGUGUGGAUGUUGUCUAUCUCUGUUGGCCCUGCGAUGAGGUGGCGACUUGUCCAGGGUGUACCCUGCCUUCCGCCCGAAUGCAGCUGAGAUAGGCUCCAGCACCCCCCACGACCCCGAGAGGGACAAGCGGUAGUAAAUGGAUGGAUGGCCUAUUAUAAAUUUAUAAAAUAUUACAAUUAAUAUUUGUAACAUUGAUUUAUUCAAAUAAUAUUAUAUAUACAUGAAAAAGAUAAUUUAUAUUUUAAGCAGGUUUUGGCUGAAAGACACUGAAGUAAAUGAAUGAACUCAUAUUAUGUUUUGCAUAUGGUGAAUGUUUAUAUUCAUCUUGGAGAAAGCAAACCAUCAGUUUAAAUGUUAGGUAUUUAAUUUUGGGCACAUAACAUAGGGCCCUUUAGUAUUGACAUUUGUGUGUGGAUUGGAUUAGAGCACACGGAAGAAUGGGCAGUAAAAUUGGACCUCGGUAUGCAAAGGUGAUGGCCCUAUCCAUGAGAAGAGACUACAUGUUUAGCUUAAUGCCAACAUCUAAGUAACGACCGGCAUCUGUUGUUUUUCAGGCACUUACGGUACACACAAACAUCCCCUUUAUGGUCAGGAUGCGCUCUCCUAACCUAGCACACACACACGCACACACACACACACACACAGACAGACAGGAGGUAGGAAUAUAAAAGCUGAUGGUUUGGCUUCUCCAAGUUAGGAGUGCCUAAUUUUUUGACUUGAUCUCCUCCAGGAACUGCAGUCCUGUAUAAUGAUGCUCACUUGUAAUAAAGCAACUUUUUGUUCAGUACAGCGUCUCCGACGUCUCUUUUGAUCCAGCUGCACAGCCGUGUUGCCCUUCUGCCCGGGAGAAGGUGACAAGACCAGAAAUACACCAUUUUAUUUUAAUAUGUGGCUAUAAAAAUGUUUUUUUUUAAUAAUAUUAUGGCUUAUUAUUAAGUUAAAGUUAAAGUAUCACGGAUAGUCAUACACACACACACUA